GAGGGAAGAAUGAUGGCGGUCAGGAAAUGACAAGUUUUGGAAGUGUAAAUCGCGGACAGAUCACUACGAGGGAGCACGGAUCCAGUGCUCAGGCGGUAGAACUUGAGUAAAGAUGACCGCCAUCUGCCUUAUUUGAUGUAAAUGGUAGAGAGCACCUCGUCAGGAUCCAUGCCAUUGUAUGAUAAACGGACAAAAAGACCACUGUAACAGCUCGCGCCGAUCGGGAAAUACAGUUUUGUGGUUAAAUCCAGUCAGAUUGUGCAGCACUGUACCUGAUUAGUACGUAAAAAUGAUUAAGACCGAGGGCAAAGGAGAGAGAGCGCUGAGGAGUGCGUCUCCCCACAGAAAUGCUUACAAGUCCGAUUUCCACGCUAUCAAGUGCUCCUUUGAUGGGACGAAGACGGACAGCGCCCCCAAGUCCUACGCGAACGGUUCUAGUGACACCCGAGAGGAGACGCGGGGCAGACCGUUUGGCAACCGGGUGAACAAAAUAAAAAACAUUUUCCUGCAAAUGGACAGUCAGCAACAGGACAAUCAGGAGACAAAGCCGGUUAUAAAAACAGAUGGAUCUCAGAGCACACAGUCAAAACUUGGUGUAAGUGCGCAAAGAUCUAGCGUGAGCAGUGCUGCAAGCCUGAACACUGCGGCAAGUCCAGAACCACAGGGGUCGGAUAGAACCCCAAAAGGAGAGGAUGGGGAGAUCGACAAAGCCGCUUUGGCAGAGAAAUUCUCAGUGACAAGAAAGCUCUUUGAGAGGGGUAUCAAAGAGCAGUCCAGUUCUGUGGAGAAGCAGCCAAGGGGCAGGAUGUCUGGACGGCACGGGAGUGCGUCAGAGGAAUGCAAAGGUGGGAGGAGAUCCAUCGGGUCAUCAGAAAGCAGCACCAGCGGUGUCAAAACCGAGCGAAGUCCAGUUUCUCCUCUCAGAGCCGGGUCAGAUGGGAACAUGGAGAGUGACGAGGUUAAACAGACUCAGAAGUUGUCACUGAAUGCAGGUCCCAUUUCCAGGAGGCUGGAGAACUUUAUGGCAGAGAAUGACUGUGGAGAAUCCAUAAGAACUACCUGCAAAGGUCCAGAGUCACCCUCUACAUCACAGUCACUCAGCUCCACUGAGGGCCCCACGCCCACAUCACCUUUAAGAGAAAAACCCACUUCUCCUUUAAGAGAAAAGAGUGCAUCUCCUUUGAGAGACAAACCCACUCCAGGUAGCAACUUACCUUGGAAACCCACAUCUCCAGUCACCAAUGUGCCUUACAAAACAACCUCCACAAUUAGUGGUUCAUCUUCCAAACAUCCAACCCCAGCUUCUGCAUUGUUUUACAAACCAACACCCCCAUCUCGUGGAAGCGCUAGUGAGCCCCUCUCUCCGACAGACCACAGCUUGCCCCACCUGUCCUCCUCAGCAAGCGAUGGCUGUAUCACAGCAAAGGCAAGCAGUGAUGGGGUGAAACUCACCAGUCAGCCCCUGAGGGACCCAAAGCAACCUUCACUAUUCACCACAGGGGUUUCCAACCAGGCUAAGACCUCAGAGGUUGCCAAGAAAGGGGGAGAAGGCCAAAAUUUGGCCAAAACUGUACCCCAGGAUAAUUCACCCGACAGCACCCCCCCAAAGUUGGAUGGUGUAUCCGCGGGUAUGGUGCGGGCAGAGCUGGUGGUGGUUCAGAACGAAUCCUCAGAAAGUGAAGAAAACGAAGAUGAGCGGCUCGACGACGCCGUUUUUGAGGAGUCAAAGGUCGAGGAGGACAUCUGUGACGAGGAACCGGACAAAGUUCUUCUGAACAAGGAAGAAAAGGUCACAGAACAAGAGGAGGAUGAAGGUGGGAUGCAAGAGAUGAAACACAGAUGGAUUGAGCCUUUAAGGGGCGAGACCAAGCCGUUGAAAAAAAGUGGAUGUUAUGAUGAGGAAGAGGAGGAGAGUGAACAGGAACAUCAGGGUGGUAGAAGACAGGCCUCUCCACUUUUCCAUGGGAUAGAAAAUGCCGCAUUUAUAGACGAUAAGGACACAGACCACCAGCAAGCUGAGGAAGAGGAUGAGCAUGGUGAAGAUCAGCUCGAGGAAGACUACAUGGAAUUACCUGGUCUGUCUGAGGAGGACGAAUCAGCACCCAGAGGGAAGGUCCGCUUCUCUACUGCACCAAUACAGGUGUUCAGCACAUACUCAAACGAGGACUAUGACCGGCGUAACGAUGAUGUGGAUCCAGUGGCAGCGUCUGCUGAGUAUGAGCUGGAGAAACGGGUGGAGAAGAUGGAUGUGUUUCCGGUGGAGAUGGAGAAAGGAGAUAACGGCCUGGGUAUUAGUAUUAUUGGAAUGGGAGUUGGCGCUGACCAGGGACUGGAGAAACUGGGAAUCUUUGUAAAAACCGUCACAGAAGGGGGAGCAGCGGAGAGAGAUGGCAGGAUCCAGGUGAACGACCAGAUCGUGGAGGUGGACGGUGUCAGUCUGGUAGGCGUCACUCAGCUGUUUGCUGCCACAGUGCUGAAGAACACAAAGGGCAAAGUCAGUUUCCUGAUUGGGCGGGAGAAGCCGGGCACUCAGAGUGAGGUGGCGCGUCUGAUCAGCGAGACGCUGGAGCAGGAGAGGAACCAACAGCAGCAGCUGGACGACCCGUAUGAACCAUCGACCGAGGAGGACGAGCAUUACGAGGAGGAGGAAGAGGAGGAGGAGGAAGAGGAGCGUGUCCUGGGCUCCAGUUUCAGUGGAAAGGAGAUUUUUGACUUGCCGGAGAGCGAGGGAAUGUUUCUGCCAUCAAACAUGGACUCCUCCCAGCUCAGUUUCCGAUUUAAAGAGCUCCAGAUCAAACACAGCACGGCCACAGCUGAGAUCAGCCAGCUUAAAGAAAAGCUGAAGGAGUCAGAGGAGGAGCGUGCGGCGUGGACAUUGAAGGAGGCGCAGCUAGAGAAGUGUGUGCAGGAAAACGCGGAGAAGAUCCUGCAGAUGGAGAAGAGCUGGCUGGAGGCGCAGGCUCUGUGUAAAACCCUGACGGAGCAGCUGGGGGAGGCGCAGGAGCAGAACGAGAGCCUGGAGAAAAAAUACAGCAAAGCCAAAAAACUCCUCAAGGAGUUCCAGCAGGCAGAGAGUGACUUUGAGAAGAGAGAGGAGGAGCUGAGGAAAGUUUAUGAUGAGAAGGAGAGUUGGUAUAAAACUCAGCUGGACAGUCUACAGGAGAGGGUAUCAAAGUUGGAGUCCAUGUCUGUCUGUGGUGGAGGAGGUGAUCAGAACUCUGUAGAAGAGGGACGGGGAACAGGCCAGGAACCUGCCGACUCCAGCAGAGACUCACUGUCAGCAGACACCUCUGUCCAGGGUAACUGUCUCUGUAGAGACUCACUGUCAGCAGACACCUCUGUCCAGGGUAACUGUCUCCAUAGAGACUCACUGUCAGCAGACACCUCUGUCCAGGGUAACUGUCUCCAUAGAGACUCACUGUCAGCAGACACCUCUGUCCAGGGUAACUGUCUCUGUAGAGACUCACUGUCAGCAGACACCUCUGUCCAGGGUAACUGUCUCCACAGAGAGUCAGUGUCAGCAGACACCUCUGUCCAGGGUAACUGUCUCCACAGAGAGUCAGUGUCAGCAGACACUUCUGUCCAGGUUGCAGACUGGAGCGACCUGGGGCUUGAGACGGAGAGACUGGACACCAGUGCCCAUCGUUCCAAAGCUUUACUGGCCCAGAAGGCCAAGCGGCAGCUCCCAUCCCGUAGCAGGCUGAGGGAGAUGCUGGGCAGCCCUGCAUGCCACCCACAGGAUGAUGGUGAUGAGGAUGAGGAAGAGGAGGAGGAAGGCUCUCAGAACCCAGAGCCUCCAAGGAUACGGAGGCCGUCCGUCCAGGAGAGUCUGUCUCUGCCCGUCCCAAUUUCGCCCCCGGCCAGUGAGAAGAAGCGCAGCCUCUCCGGGCUGGGGAGUAGUCCACCCUGCUCCUCACCUGAGAGACAGACAAGCAACGUGGAGAACGCAGAGAGCUCCGGCCUGCCCGCACCCAAAGACACCUCCUCUCCACCGCCACAGACAGUCCUCCUGAGAAACGCCAAGAAGAGGGAGUCCAAGGGAAAAGGCAAGGAGGGCAAAGAUGAAUCCAGUGAGGUGUCGCCAACAGGAAAACCCAAAAGAAGAUUUCCAGACUUUGGCGGGCUUCGCAAGUCUGGGGGCAAAGGCAAGAAACAUGACAAAGAGGCCACACGCGCAUCCCUGGACAGCAGAGGGUCAAGGGACCUGCUAGAGGAAUCGGGGGCAAGUGUGUCCCCCUCUGAGUCUGUAAGCUCCAUACCUACCUGCAUGCCCUUCUCCUGGUUUGGCGAUAAAGAUCGAGACCGCGAUAAAGACCAAACCUCAUCCUCCAGCAGUCUGCCGUACACUGCCACCGAGGCGGGAAACCAGAGCCAUGAGCGCAAGAACAAGACAAACUUGCCAUGGUCUUCUCUGUUCAGUCGAUCCUUAGAUUUGAGUUUGUCUGGUAUCGAUGAUUCGAACCCAGGCAGUCCUGAGUUAUCUGGCUUAGUAGCUGAGUCAAAUCUCUCUGGUCGCACUCAUACUCUAACCUUCUCUUCCAGCGAGACGCUGGAUGACGUGCCGUAUGCUCUGGGGAAGGAGUACCAGUGGCAGAGCCGUCCUGUGUCAGAGUGGACCACGCAGCAGGUCUGCCAUUGGCUGAUGGGCAUGAACAUGGACCAAUACACUCCAGAGUUUACGCUAAAGGGCGUGGACGGACUGCAGCUCCUGAAUCUAGACAGUGAUAAACUCAAGGCUCUGGGAGUGUCGAGUCAGAGUGACAGGACCACCAUUAAGAAGAAGCUGAAGGACAUGAGGAAAGCGCAGGAGAAACUGGAGAAACAGCGGGAGAAGCGGGAGAAGGAGGCCAGGCGGAGUGGCAGAGCGCUGGGGAAUGAUGACUCCGUGUGUUGAGGGGGAAAAACCUGUGUGUUCUCUCUAUGGCUGGGCCACAAAGCCUGGGGAAACAUAGGUCACCAUUUUCAGACCUUCGACUAAUAUGCAAUAUGUCUCUCUCUCUCUCUCUCUCUAUAGAUAUAUAUAUAUAUGUUAUUUUUCAGCAAGCUGAUAUAAUGUCAAGGCUUUGUUCAUUAUACCUAAUUGUGAAUGAGUGCAC